GUGAGCUGAGGUUACAUUGUGCUGAAUACUACCUCGCCUGUCUUCUUACCGUUAUAAUAUUCAGUCGGAGAACAGGUACGUGCUGCUACGUAUGUAGCCUUGCCGCAUUAGCACUCAAACGAACGGGAAAUUUCACGGAGACUGUUCAUGUUCACCGGUUUACUGCGGCUCAGCGAGGGACAAAUCCUAUCAAGGAGUCCGAACAGGUACCAUGAGAGGCAUUACCGGACGGACAUUAUCUCACCGGAUUGUGGACCACUCCGUAUUGAGAUGGACUGUAACUUAGGUGUCGUUUCGAGACGUUGCGCGUUUGCAGGAGCAAUUCAUCCAGUUUAAUUUAGCCACUAAUUGUACUGUCUAAUGGGUCAUGUUGUCUGCGUUCAACACGUUGCCUGAGAGCGAGGCUGGUCACUGGUUCACUCGAUCCAUAAUUUAGGAUGACGCCUCUCGGUCAGACCUGCUCCGUCUCCUCCCUGUUUCCUAGCCCAGUUUCCAGAGUUCAAACGCCUCGUCAGCAGACCGAGCGCUCCUGAGCACUCGCUGUGACCCUCCCUGCUUGGCUGCUUGGCUGACAUCCCGGGGAGGUGAUGCGACGGUUUGUCUACUGUAAGGUGGUGCUGACCACCUCUUUAGUGUGGGUGCUGGUGGAUGUGUUCCUGCUGCUCUACUUCAGCGAGUGUAACAAAUGUGACGAUAGGAAAGACCGCUCGCUGCUCCCUGCCCUCCGAGCGGUGAUAUCUCGGAGCCAUGAGGGUCCGGGGGAGAUGGGCAAGGCGGUGAACGUCCCCAAGGACGAGCAGGAGAAGAUGAAGGAGCUCUUCAAGAUUAACCAGUUCAAUCUGAUGGCUAGCGACAUGAUUGCACUCAACAGGAGUCUGCCGGACGUGAGGUUGGAUGGCUGUAAAACCAAGGUGUACCCAGACGACCUGCCAAACACCAGCAUUGUCAUCGUGUUUCACAACGAGGCAUGGAGCACCCUGCUGCGGACAGUUCACAGCGUCAUCAACCGCUCUCCCAGACACUUGCUUGUCGAGAUCGUGCUAGUGGACGAUGCCAGUGAGCGAGACUUCCUGAAGAAGAAGCUGGAGAACUAUGUGCGGACUCUGGAGGUGCCAGUGAGGAUCCUGAGGAUGGAGCAGCGGUCAGGUCUAAUCAGAGCCAGGUUGAGGGGGGCGGCUGCCACCAAAGGUCAGGUCAUCACCUUCCUGGACGCUCAUUGCGAGUGUACUGUCGGCUGGCUGGAGCCCCUGCUGGCGCGCAUCAAAGAGGACAGGACAGCAGUAGUGUGCCCUAUCAUCGACGUCAUCAGCGACGAGACGUUUGAAUACAUGGCAGGCUCAGAUAUGACCUAUGGCGGAUUCAACUGGAAGCUGAACUUCCGCUGGUACCCUGUUCCCCAGCGGGAGAUGGAUCGACGCAAGGGUGACAGAACACUUCCUGUCAGGACUCCCACCAUGGCAGGAGGAUUAUUCUCUAUAGACAAAAAAAACUUUGAAGAAUUAGGAAGCUACGAUCCAGGGAUGGACAUCUGGGGCGGCGAGAACCUGGAAAUGUCUUUUAGAAUCUGGCAGUGCGGUGGCUCGUUGGAAAUUGUAACAUGUUCUCACGUUGGCCAUGUUUUCCGGAAGGCCACCCCAUACAGCUUCCCCGGAGGAACAGGCCAAGUCAUCAACAAGAACAACAGGCGCCUGGCUGAAGUCUGGAUGGAUGAUUUCAAAGAUUUCUUCUAUAUCAUAUCACCAGGCGUGAUGCGGGUGGACUACGGAGACGUUUCUUCCCGUAAAGCCCUCCGUGAGGCGUUGCAAUGCAAACCGUUUUCCUGGUAUCUAGAAAACGUCUACCCAGACUCCCAGAUCCCGAGAAGAUACUACUCACUUGGUGAAAUCAGAAAUGUUGAGACCAACCAGUGUGUGGACAACAUGGGAAGAAAGGAGAAUGAGAAAGUUGGCUUUUUCAACUGCCACGGCAUGGGUGGAAACCAGGUGUUCUCAUACACGGCGGAUAAAGAAAUUAGGACAGAUGACCUCUGUCUGGAUGUGUCCCGCCUCAACGGACCUGUCGUCAUGCUCAAGUGUCACCACAUGAAGGGCAAUCAGAUGUUUGAGUACGAUGCUGAGCGACUCACCCUGCUGCAUGUGAACAGCAACCAGUGUUUGGACAUGCCGUCUGAGGAGGACAAGAUGGUCCCCACCCUGAGAGACUGCAAUGGCAGCCGCUCCCAGCAGUGGCUGCUCCGUAACAUGACCCUGAGCGUCUGAUCCCCCCCCCCCAAUUCUGUCCUCAUCCAACCCGUCCUGGCUAUUCACGUCCUCACCAGGUGGCUCUUACCACGCUUAUCAUACAGCUCUUCCUGUAACAGCCUGGCCAGCAAAUACAGAGAUCCAGGCAGCAGCGGCUUGUCUUCCAUUAUGGAGUCGUCUCCUUUUACAGCUCACCACAGGUUUUAUAAGAAGUUGCACCUGCACCUUCAGGGGACAUGACAAGCUGUGGCUUUGGGGACUUCGUCUUGUACAAGUAGGGAGAACGAUGUGUGAGGUCUGUGCAUGGAGAACAUUGAAAAAGCAUUCCCGCUGUGUCUGACAGCUGCUAGCCGUGCAUCCACUGUGCUGCUCAGACUGCUGCUUAACUGCUGGACAAACAAUUAAACAGAAGAGCAUAUAUAACAAGAUUAUUGCAAGGCAUGUCUCUGCGAUGGUCUGCACUGUAAAUGACCUUCCUUGUUCUUUGUACAUGCAGUGCAUUGGUGUCCACUGUAGGUACAAUCUAAAAAAUAAGACUGUUGUUAUGACCUCUGCUCAUCAUCUUUCCAUAUCAGUGUCUGAGUUCCAUUCAAAUAACAGGAUGUUGUUAAUAGAGCCCGACCAAUGCUGGAUUUGUGAAGCUGAUACAGAUAUUUGGUUUUAAAGUCGAACUGAAAAUUUAAUUCUCAUCACUUUUGGUGCAAGGAAAUAUAAAAUAUAAUGAUACUGCCACUAUUAUUUAUAUUUUUCCAUUUUGCCCCUGGGUGGGCAUUUCCCAUGCCAACGGUCGACUGACAUUUGAUUUUUACCCUUUUUAACAAGCCCACAUAGUUUUGGCUAUCAAAACUGAUUGAAGCCAACUGUCCCUUUACAACAUUCAUGUAAAGGGAAUAAAAAUUUAACAUGCUGUUAAGUUUGUAUUCCACUCGGAAAGUGUAAACUAGUUAGCCUAGCUUGCUAACGUUGGAACUAAUUCCCACUAGAUGUUAUUUCUUGUUCAUGUUAUUUCAACACCAGCUGGAUCAACACCUGCUCGAGCAUUGUGUUUCCCACAUUAUACAAAGGAGAGGGUCUAGCUAGCAUUAGCUGUCUCUUUUUCAUGGGUCCAGUUGUGGUGAUAGAAAAUAGCCACUCAGCAACAAGUAGUCCUGUAACCUCAGCACUCUGUUUACCCUGUGAUUCGACCCACGAUAUGGAGUACCAUAUGGAGUAACAUAGGGAGCGCUCGAAACACAGAUGAGGCUAAGCAACAGCUAACAACGCCGCCCCCAUGCUGGUGAACUGCCCCUGUGGCUGCUCGAAGUAAUAUGAACUAGUCUGAGUUCCCACCCACACAGAUAUUGGACCAAUCAAAUUACCAGUACCACCAUUGUCAGUCAGUACCAUAGACUGUAUAUGGUCCAUACCAAAAAUUCACAUCCCCUGGAGAAUGUUAAUGUAGGGGGGGUGCUAUCACUGCAGAAAAAUAAAUAAAGCUGAAAAUGUAUUCCUUUUGGUCAUUAGAAACCAAAUAAGUACACAAGUUCAGACAAACACAAAGGAUAUAUAUAUACUUGUUAUUUCAGUUCGACUUUAACAUAAACAAAUAACAUUAACAACACUUUUUUUAAGAAUCCCUUGGUUAUUAAAGAAUUGUGAACAAAAUAUGUACUAAGCAUGUUUAUUUACCAGUGCUCUCCGCUGGACAAACUAUGUAAUGGAGACGUGUCACAUGUCUAAAUUACCUCAAACAUAUCUUUGGCAUUUCAGUACUGCAAUUUCUUGUUAAUCAUUCACUGACAUAUAGGCACAUAAUAAUAUAUCUGUAAUAAGCUAAUAUCUGCAGAUUUAUUGGUUGGGCUCUAGUUAAGGUGGAUUUUGUGAGAUGCUUGAAAAAAAAAAUAAGCUGAAGAUUUUGACUAUGGUGCAAGACGAGUGCAGAUAUAACAUCUUCCCUUUCGAUUUAAUAGUUUAUUUUAUAGUUUAUAACAGGCGGUUUGAAGGAAUGAAAGGCUGUGGGAAAGGAAGUAGCAAGUAAUCAAGACUUUGCUCUGAGUAGAUAUAAUUGAAUGAAUGUAAGAGUUUUCCUAAUUGAUAACGACUGUAUUCUGAAACACUUUGACUGCACUGUAUUAUCACAGCUAUCUGAGAGCGUCAUUACUAAAAACACAUCACCUUUAUUAGAUUUCGGAUUUCAGAUUCCUGUUACUAAGACGUUGCUAAAUUCUUUUUAAUAUCUUGAGAAAUCAUAAUUGCUUGGAGCCGAAUAGUUAAGUGUGCCUUUAGAAAGUUGUUUUGUAUUUGGUUAAUUGGUUGUUAGAUGAUUGACUUUGGUGUUGAAAAAGGAAAAUGUUUUUUUUUUUUUGUAAAAAAUACAACUACUGCAUAUUGAUUUUUAAUAAUUGUCAUAUCUCAUAUUAAUUCUUGUUCAAACAUUUAGUUACAGUAAAGUCAAUAUUCAGUAUAUCAAUACUCACCCAUCAGCAAAUGCAACUUUUCACUACAUUGUUGAUCAAGAUCAGGCAACAAAUGUUAUUGUACAUAACGCUGUUAACAUGUUUCUAUCACCAUUGCUGUUGUACAUACAGAACCAAUUAUUUUUCUAAGAUGCUGUAAAACUUGAACACUCCUCAGAGAAAAGACAUUGAAUGGUAAACAGAUCACGAGAUAUUGCAGUGUUUUAUUUGGAAUCGUGGUAAUAAAAACCAGUGCUUAACUUGGGUUUUGAAAUUGCGGUGUGUUUUGGAAAUCAUCGGCCCCAUGAAACCAAUUCUCAGACUACCUAAAGGACCUUAGGCGAGCAUACAUGAGGGAGCAACUAAUGGUGAAAUACUAUCAAUGCUGCUUGAAUACUGAAUCCUUGCCAAGUGCCAGCUUGGCAUUCAGACUAAAAUUCAAUCAUCUCUUUUGUAUUAUGCACACGCAUUUAUUGUUUUUCAUUAUCUUAAAGUGCAUGGUGUUAAAAUAGGAAUGUAAUGUUUCAAUGUACUGGUUGCAAAGUGAUGUUACCUGUUUGUACAUUUUGCCUUUUUUGUAGAAAAAACAAAACAAACUUUGACUGAACAUAGAUUUAGCAUUAAUUUCGGUGUCAAGCAACUGAUGAAAAUGUGAACACUAGCACAUCACACCAAUACAUCAGUUGUUUAAUAAACCUUGUUCUUGAAGCUUUUAA